AUGGCGGACGAUUUGGACGCCGAGCUGCUGGCUCUGGCAGGUGACUCUGACGAGGAGCACUCGUCCCCCCCUCAAAAGGAUGAUUCACCAGAUCAUUCUUCACCACACUCCUCAGAUCGCGAACAGUCACCAGAGACCAUGGGCCGUAAAGGCACUGCGAUAUCCACUCGUCGUGGAAAAAAGCCCCGAAGAGAUGAAGAUGACAUGGAAGUAUCUGACGCAGAAUCCCACGACUCCCUUCAGUCAGCCCCGAUGUCUGAAUCCGAGUCCGAAGCUGGCGAGGCCUCUGACGACGAGGACAAACCCAUCUUUCCCUACGAGAAGCUUUACUACUCCGCGAAAGAGAAACAAGAGAUCAUGGCCAUGCCCGAAAUCCAAAGAGAAGAGCUGCUUUCCGAGCGAGCUCAACAGGUCGACCGCCACAAUCAAGAUCUCGCUCUACGCCGUCUUCUAGCCUCCCGAGAGCGCGAGGAAGCUCGUGCAGCUGCCAAGCAGGCGAAGCGCAAGUCUGGAUCUGCUGGUAACGACGAUUCUCAACGCAAGAGCUCCCGACAGAAGACUACUCUGGGUGGCCGUAAAGUCGGCGAGACUUCCGAUGCGAUCGAGGCCUACAAGCGCCAGCGUGAACAGAAGGGCAAGCGGGAUGAGCUUCGGCGCCGAGACACCACGCAAUCGCGUCGCCGCUCCCAUGGCUCCCAAGGAUCUCUUGGAUCUUCCGAGGAUGUUGACAUGGAGAGCGACCUUGAACUUGACAAUCGACGCUCUCCAUCCGCCCCGAAGGACGACCCACCUGCUGAGCUGCGGGAUAUUCAACGCGCGCGUGUCGGUCGCAGCAACUUCGCCCAAGUUUGUUUCUACCCUGGGUUCGAAGACGCCAUUACUGGAUGCUACGCCCGUGUCAACAUUGGUCCUAACAGCGAGACGGGCAUGAAUGAAUACCGUAUGUGCUUGAUUGAAGGAUUCAACACCGGAAAACCCUAUGCCUUGGAGGGGAAGAAUGGUCGCCCAUUCGUCACCGAUCAAUAUGCCAAACUUGCUCAUGGUAAAGCUGUCCGGGAAUUUCCCUUCAUCGCUUGUUCCGAUUCUCCAUUCACAGAGGCUGAAUACAGUCGGUAUCGGAAGACUAUGGUGGUGGAAGACUGCAAGAUGGCCACGCAAAGCAAUUUGGCGACCAAAGUCGCUGACAUCAAUCGCCUGAUCAACCACGUCUUCACCCCCGAGGAGAUGACCACUAAGCUGCGACGGCAAGGUGUCCUUUACACAGAUGAGAACAUCAUCCGACGCACUGAUCUUGAGCGCGACAUCAAACUUGCCGAAGCUGAAGGCGAUGCAGCAAAGGUUGAAAAGCUUCAGAAAGAACUGGAUGAGAUUAUCAAUCCUAAGCUCUCCUGGGGCACAUCCCUCAAACCACGAACAGCCAACGAGAAAAAGCUCUCUGAGGCUGAGCGCGUCCACCAAAUCAACCUGCGAAAUCAGAAGCUGAAUUACGAGAACGUACGCCGUGCUCAGCUAGAAGAGCGCAAGGCUGCUCGCAAGAGUGCCGCUGCUGUAGCUCGUGGCGAAGCUGCUCCGGAUCCUUUCAUGCGAGUGCGCACUGUUGCCAAGACGCAUCAUGACGUCUCGGACAAACCCAAGGAUGCUUCUGCUCCGGAGGCUACCUCUGUUGCGGCUCCACAUGACGAAUCCAAGGAACAAACCAAGACCCUGAACGACGGAGCUAAGCGAUUGGCUCUGCCCGGCGUCCUCCCAAAGAAACCUAAGAGCGGGACUGCGAUCAGAUAUGCACCCACAUAUCACGAUCACAUGGUUGCUCUGGCUGAUCAACUUGCGGAUGAGAUGGACGCUAUGAUGGCCGAGGUCGCUCCCGAGAUUGCCCCCCCAAAAGAGGUGGUGAAAUAG